GAGGCGGGCCGGGCCGGGCGCGGGCAGGCAGGCGGCGGAGCGCUCCCGGCGCGGGGCCGCGGAGAAAGGGAAAUGGGACAAGAUGGCUGGAGAAACCCUAGCGCGCCCCGGGGGCGCGGCAGCGGCGGCGGGCGGGGCGCCGAGCGGGUGGGCGGCGGCGGCGGGGACCUCUUGAACCGCACCUUUGCGGUGGGGCGGCGCCUCCACCUCCCGGGAGCCGGCCGGGGAGGCCUUGGCCAAGUUCUGGCCGCAGCUCCAGGGAUCUGAAGCCUGUUUCACCCGCCCCAGACGUAUCUUGCUGCGUUUGCCCGUCCUUUUUGAAAAUACCGAAGAAGCGGACUUUGAACUCCGGAAGGAUCUUUUCUUUGGAAGCCUGGGAGGAUGAGGCCCACAAGAUGCACACUCACUCCACACCUAGGAAUUGCCCGCGCCCCUAGAGGGCAGGAGCCUUUGUACUGGCCCAGGAGCUGGGCGAAAGAGAAUUUGCAGAAGAGAGAAUCUGCGGUCCAGAGGCAAAGAGUUUUACCGGUGGGGUGGGCCCCAGACCCUAGUGAUUUCUGCAUCUUCUUGGGUAUCCAAGCAUUACUCUUCACUAAGGGUCCUGGGCUUGGAAAGUCACUUAAGGCAGAAUGACUCUAUUUUCUGACCUGGCUCAUGGACGAAACCUUUGACUCUGGAAAAUCCAGGUCUUCUGGACCAACCAACCUCCUGACACUGAACUGGCCCUGUAGGAACAACCCAGUUGAGCGAGUGCACUAUGAGUUCAAAUGCCUUCAUUGACAGGAAGCCAACACACCUGCUGCUGAUUCCAUGUUUGGGUGGCACUGGCUGUGAGAAAGUUCUGCCUUUUGAUGCAUUCUUAAAACUUCCUGGAAUGUUUACCCACCAACCUGUUAUGCCCUUAAGUCUCUACAGAACCAGUCUGGUCUCUCUUCCAGUUUUUUUAAAUAUUUGAAGACAGCCAGGUAUGCUGACUGCCUGCAACCCUCUUCUUUUCAGAGCUAAAUGUCACCUUCCAGCUUCCUGGUGCUUUCCUUGAAGCCCUUCCUCCCCAGACCUGGCUCUUCCCUUGCUCUUGUUCCCCUGAACUGUCCUGGAGCUAAAAAGAGAUGGCAUCCACAGCCUGCCCUCUCAAUUUGACCCUGAAAGAAGAGGAAGAAGAAGAAGAGAUUCAGAGCCGGGAACUGGAGGAUGGUCCCACAGAUAUGCAAAAAGUCCGAAUCUGCUCAGAGGGUGGAUGGGUGCCGGCCCUAUUCGAUGAGGUGGCCAUAUAUUUUUCCGAUGAGGAGUGGGAAGUUUUGACGGAGCAACAAAAGGCUCUCUACCGGGAGGUCAUGAGGAUGAAUUAUGAAACUGUCCUGUCUCUGGAAUUCCCAUUCCCUAAGCCUGACAUGAUCACUCGGUUGGAAAGGGAGGAGGAAUCUCAGAAUUCUGACGAAUGGCAGCUCCAAGGAGGAACCUUUGCAGAAAAGGAAGAAUCCGACCUGAAGCCUCCAGAUUGGGCGGGCCCGAUGAACGCAGCCGCGCAGUUUCCCCAGCCUCAGCACCUGGAUGGCUUUGGCCUCCGUCUGCCUCGGGACAUCACAGAGCUGCCCGAGUGGGGCGAGGGGUACCCCUUCUACAUGGCCAUGGGCUUCCCCGGGUACGACCUCUCGGCCGACGACCUGGCCGGGAAGUUCCAGUUCAGCCGGGGCAUGCGCCGCAGUUACGACGCAGGUUUCAAGUUAAUGGUGGUGGAGUACGCCGAGAGCACCAACAACUGCCAAGCGGCCAAGCAGUUUGGGGUGCUGGAGAAAAACGUCCGCGACUGGCGCAAAGUGAAGCCGCAGCUGCAGAACGCCCACGCCAUGCGGCGUGCCUUCCGCGGCCCCAAGAACGGGCGCUUCGCCCUGGUGGACCAGCGCGUGGCCGAGUACGUGCGAUACAUGCAGGCCAAAGGGGACCCCAUCACCAGGGAGGCCAUGCAGCUGAAAGCUCUGGAGAUCGCCCAGGAGAUGAACAUUCCAGAGAAAGGGUUCAAGGCUAGCUUGGGUUGGUGUCGAAGAAUGAUGCGGAGGUAUGACUUGUCUCUGCGGCAUAAGGUGCCCGUGCCCCAGCAGCUGCCCGAAGACCUGACCGAGAAGCUUGUUACCUACCAGCGGAGCGUCCUGGCUCUGCGCAGGGCACACGACUACCAGGUGGCUCAGAUGGGAAAUGCAGACGAGACGCCCAUUUGCUUAGAGGUGCCCUCGAGGGUGACUGUGGACAACCAGGGGGAAAAGCCUGUCUUGGUCAAGACGCCAGGGAGGGAGAAACUGAAAAUCACAGCCAUGCUUGGUGUCUUGGCUGAUGGGAGGAAGUUACCUCCAUACAUCAUUCUGAGGGGCACGUACAUCCCCCCCGGGAAGUUCCCAAGUGGCAUGGAAAUCCGCUGCCACCGGUACGGCUGGAUGACGGAGGACCUGAUGCAGGACUGGCUGGAGGUGGUGUGGAGGCGGAGGACGGGCGCGGUGCCCAAGCAGCGAGGGCUGCUGAUCCUGAACGGCUUCCGGGGCCACGCCACCGACUCGGUGAAGAGCUCCAUGGAGAGCAUGAACACCGACAUGGUCAUCAUCCCGGGAGGCUUGACCUCGCAGCUGCAGGUGUUGGAUGUGGUGGUCUACAAACCGCUGAAUGACAGUGUCCGGGCCCAGUAUUCCAACUGGCUCCUGGCGGGCAACCUGGCGCUGAGCCCCACCGGGAACGCCAAGAAGCCGCCGCUGGGCCUUUUUCUGGAGUGGGUCAUGGUGGCGUGGAACAGCAUCUCGAGUGAGUCCAUCGUCCAAGGGUUCAAGAAGUGCCACAUCUCCAGCAAUCUAGAGGAUGAGGAUGACGUGCUGUGGGAGAUCGAGAGUGAGUUGCCGGGCGGAGGGGACCCGCCCAAGGAGUGUGACCCUGAGAGCCUGGCGGAGAGGCACUGAGGGAAAGCGAGCAAAUAGAACUGUGUUUGGAACAGUUGGGGAGGAAAAUGUUCAAGAAGAUUCCUCGCAGCCUGAAUGCACAGGGAGAAGCAGGAAAAAGCCGUGGUGCUUGAAAUAACCCAGGUCUGGACAGCAGCCUGGGCAUCCGGCCCUGGGAUAGAGCCCAACCCCAUCCCACACCAUGAGGAGUCCGAAAAGUGGAGGACCCUUCACUGCAUCAGAGACGUGAUUAGAAAAGAAACUGCUUCUACUUCUUGUUUUAGAAAUUACAUUUAUAGAACCUGUAAAUAGGUGUGAACAAACGUAUUUCCUAGAGAAGAGACCUUUGUUCAACACCAACAAGAAACUCAUCAUAUGGGCCCAACUCCACUGGUAUUCUUUCUUUGGAGAAAACCUCAAGUUAAUGUUUUUCCUUCUGCCUCUAAAAAUGCUUCCUCAGUAGAACCUGUCCCUACACAGGUCAAGACUGCAGAGAAGGCUUUGUAGAAAUGGUCCUUUAUGUACACCUGCUACUUACACAUUUCCUUUUUUGGAAAAAUGAGAUGCUAAUAAUGACAAAAUUCAGACAUACUGGCCUAGUGCCAGCAGAUGGCUUUUCUACAGACAAACUAGGUUAGUAUGGAAGACACAGAUUAAAAUAAACUAUGCUAUUUAUCUUCCCAAUCUGGUUGGCAGCUAGACUUUUCUAGGGUCUCAUUUAAUGGCCCUGUUUUUUGUUAUUAUUAUAUUUAAUGAUAGGGUAGCAUUUAGUACACAAGCUUUUCUGUUUCUCAGGCUGCCUGCAGAAGUCACCAUAAAUUAUCUGCUGUCUACAUGGUACAAUGCUCAUUGACUCACCUGAUACUGUUUGGUUCAUUCCUUUAAUAUUUUCAUCACAAGGGUGGUAAGAGGGCUUGGGCCUUUAGCCACAGCUGUUUCAGGACUUCUAAUCUUCUAUCCCGCAGAAAUAGGUGGGAGAUCUUUGAAAUUUUACACUAUAGUAAUUUGCAUUCCCACAUAAAUUGAGUGUUAUGAAAACAUUCCAUCAAAGCUACCUAUGCUACAAAAAAAAUAUGCCAGAACCUCAUAGACAAAGCCAUUGCUAGAAACAUCAUUCCAAUGUCAGAUCUGGAUAACAGGCUACCAUAACCACUUUUCCUUCCUAUAGACCCAGCUCAUUUAUAUAUUAUAAUAUUCUUGGCAUCCUGAAACACCUAUUUCUACUCAGGUACUCAUUCCUAUUAGUGACCCAAUUUCCUCAUUUUUUAAAACCAGUUUUCCUCCAAGAGGGGAACUUUAACUUUUGGUGUCUGAAUACUUUUCAAAGUUUGAAUUGUUUCCUCAUUUGCUUUUACCUGCACUGUAUUCUUUAUCAUCUCAAAUGGCAUCUAAAUCCAGCUACUUUUCAUUCCAUAAGUUUUCAUUCCCUCCAAUUCCACUUAAUUUAUCCUCCACUAUCCUGGUUCCUGGCCCUUUCCUCUUUAUGUCCUGUUUUACUUGUUUUGGGAGCUUAAAGGAUUUUGUAAGACCUGGUUUUUGGUUCCUGCAUUGGAGCCAUAGUUGUCUUGCAGAGAAAAGUAGAAAAUGGGUUCAACUCCUGUUUCAUCCCACCAACACCUCCUUGAGCCUCAUCGUCAGCUGGUAGAUGACGCCUUACAGGUUGCAUAGCACUGGAAUUUUUCCUAGAGUAAUGGCUCUACUGUCAGGGUUUUCUGGGCUCAUUCUUCCACUGACUUAUGAUCUAUGCCUAACAGAGCCCCAGUACAACUAUUUUGCAGAAUGGCUAUUACCCUAGAGUUACUAUAGCACAUAUUGAGACAUAGUUGUACUCCCCAGUAGAUAGGAACUGACUCUAACAAUAAACUUUGAUAAUAAAGA